AGGAGGGCGGGUCAUUGCCCAUAGCAGUCGAGCAGGAUAUUGCAAAGCGGAGAAAAGCUAAGCGGAAAUCGACUUAGUUUAAGGAAAGCUGCUCAAAGCGGUUUGAUUCAUUUGUCGAGGCCGCAUGAUAUAAAGACCUCUAACAAUGGUGAAGAUUUUUGUGGGAAACCUUCCCAGAGAGGCGGACCAGGAGGAAAUCAAGGCACUGUUUUCUGAGCAUGGCACAGUCACAGAAUGUGCCAUCAUAAAGAACUAUGCCUUCAUCCACAUGGAUGACCGCAAGGCCGCCACCAAGGCCAUUAAGGUCCUGCACCUCCACAAGCUUCACGGCACACCGAUCAACGUGGAGGCCAGCCAUGGGAAGAACCAGGGCUCAGUCAAACUCCACGUAGCUAACGUAGAAAAGGGCGCAGACGACGAGCUCCGUGCUCUCUUUGAAGAGUACGGCUCAGUCACAGAGUGUGCUGUAGUCAAGAAUUUUGCUUUUGUUCACAUGUCCAACUCUGACGAGGCCAUGGAUGCCAUCAAGGGAAUGGACAACACUGAAUUUCAAGGCAAACGCAUCCAUGUCCAGAUUUCUAAGAGCCGUCCCCGACAUGACGAACGGGAGGACUACCCUCCUCCUCCCCCAGACAGGGGUGGCUAUUGGCCUCCUCACUACCCAGGAGAGAGGCACGAGCCUCCCCCACCGGGCUAUAUGAGAGGCCGCCUCGGCCCCAUGCCCCCAGGUUACCCCGCUCCUCCUCUGCCGCCCCCACCGCCUAGACGAGCAGUUUAUCCUGAACGUCCCUACGAGGGGGACAGAGAAAGAUACGGCGUUGUAGAUUACUAUGAAAAAUACAGAGCUCGUCCGUAUGGCAUGGCUCCCUACGAGGACCAGCGUGCCGGCGCCCCUCCUCCUCCCCCUCCCCCCUCAGCCGUCGCCCGAGACCGUCUUAUGCCCUCGCCGCUUGACCCGUAUGAGCGUCGUCCCCUCCCACCACCCCCGGCUUCGUACUACCCCCGAGAUCGCAGUCCUCUAAGGAGGGCGCCCGCCGUGCCAAUGCCCCCCGCUAAUAACGGCUUCCCCUACGAGCGGUCUCGUCUCAGUCCGGUUUCCCGAGUCCCGGGAUACGGAGUUCCACGCCCCAGGGACCCCUACGCAGAGCGGCUGCCUCCGCCACCACCUGCCCGAUAUGCUUAUUAAGCAAGGCCCAGGCACGUAAAGGAUCGUCGUCGACUGCGUCGCCGCUCGCCGCCUCCUGAUGCUCGUGAAACUAUCCUCUCGUCUGUGGCUGAGCGCGUUGCGUUCCACUGCGAUGCUCACAGGAGGAACCGAAUUACAGACGUCCACGUCUGAUUUUUCUUUUAUUAAUUUGGGACAGUUUUUACUCGCCCUCCCUCCUCUGGUUGUUUUAGUUUGUCAUUGUGCUGUAGUAUUAUUUUUUUAUGCUUGACGUCUGAAUUAGGCGUUUUUUUAUUUAGUACAUUUACGUUUAAAAAAAAUCGUGUUCUGAUGUUGUGUGUGACCGUAGAAAGCUGCUGAUUUCCGCAGCAGACUAGGCGAUACUUAUGGUUGUAGAUUUAAAUGGACUAAAUCAUGUUAGAAAUUAGAUCUAAUCUGCACGUCGUUUCCAUUAUGUUACGCUUUCCCAUCGAGAAAAAAAAAAAACGCCA